AUGAAGGAGUUGAUAUCAAACAAUAAUUGUUUAUCUUUGCUUGAUAUGAUUAUUAUAAAUGGUGAUGUUAGCGUUAGUAAUAUAGUUUAUGAUAAUGGAUUUGCCUAUAUUUAUGGAAAUGGAUUCCAGGUUGAUAGUAACAAUAUGUAUAUUGGAAACAAAAAGAUUCCAGCAACGGAUUAUACAGUUUUCAACUCGACAUGUAUAAAACUAUCUUUUUCCUAUUCUUCAUCAGAUACAAGCAUUAUAGUUCAAGGAGCUGUUUUCACUUGGAAUCCAAUCUUCAUUGAUAAUGUUUCAAAUUUCAAAACAGAAGGUGGUUCAAUUACAGUCAGUGGAAAUUACCUUCAGGAUUUGAAUGCUGACAAUCUAAACUAUAUUGUUUUAAGCAAUUCACCUAGAUUUUAUAACACUAUCUCAAAUUCAAAUAUUUCAAUGACAAUGAAUGUUUUCAAUGUUCCAAAUUCAUUUUUAAAUACAAUAGCUGGUGGAAAUAUUCCUUUAAUAAUUAGUAUUAGAAAUAAAAAUAUAACAGAUACUUGGGGAUUCAUUGAACCAACUAUUACAAAUGUAAAUAUGAGUUCCAACUCUAUUACUAUAACCGGAGAUAGUUUUGGAACAGUUCCAAGUAAUGUAAUAGUCACUGUCGAUGAUUUUACUAUUCAAACUGUUUCAGUAACAAACCACACUCAAAUUAUUGCAGAUUCUAGUAGUUUACCUUCUGGAUAUUUCAAUAUUGCUGGACAAAAGAAUAUCGGAAUUAAAUUAAAGAAUUAUAGUGAUUCAUAUAUAAUUAAUAUAAGACCAAUUCCUAAAUCAGUAACAUCAGUAUCAAGUGAUAAAGGUGGUAUAAUUACAGUAUCUGGUGAUUUGUUUAACCAACUUAGAUCGAAUGGAGCACAAACAACUAGGUCUAUCACAGUUGGUCCAUUUUCAUGUGACAACACUCAACCAUUGUUUUUAAAUAGCAAUGCUUUUACAUGUGUGAUGCCACCAUUGAAAUCUUCUUCGGAUGAAGGUUUGAAUCUACCAGUUUCAAUCACUAUUGAUGAUGCCGAAUCCACAGUCUCUAUUUCAUUUAGCUAUGAUAUCCCAAGAGUAGAGAGUAUCCAACAAUUUGGAAAUCUUAUUUCUGUAAGGGGAUCACGUUUGUACUCUCCACUUUCAAACGAUUCGAAAGUAGUGAUCAAUGCUACCUCUUACACUCCUCAGUCUAUAAGAGUAGAUAAUACAACAAUGUUCAAUGAUAUCACCAAAGUUGACAGCAGAAUCUUCAUUUUGGAUUUACCAAUCGAUCAGAACUUGUUGGGUGGAUCAUACUUGGGCUAUACCACCAUCCAUAAAGGAAUACUCAGAUCCAACGAAGUGCCGUUCGUUAUCAAACCUGAUAUUGGUACAAUUACCUUCCCUCCUACCAAGGGUGGUUUAAUAUCUAUAAACGGUGCACUCUUUAGAAAUCCUAUCAAUGUAACAUUAGAUAACAAAAUCAGCAAAACUCCUUGUACCAAUGCAACACUUUUCAGCACCAAUUUAAUUACUUGCAAUCUUGCACCAGGCUCUGGAAAGAAUAUUUCUAUAUUAGUUACUGUAAAUAAUUUAACUUUAAACUCAAUGAUUAGUUACCAACCACCAUUGGUAAUUAGUGCUACCUCAGUUACACAGUCAGGUGGAUUUGUUACAAUCUUUGGUGAGAAUUUCAGUCCUGAAAAUCUUGAUGUGUUAAUCAAUGGUACCAGUUGUUCAACUGCACCAACCUGUUUGUCGGAUACUAUGAUUCUAUGUCCACUCUCCAGCGAUGUAAUAACCAACCAGUUUAACUUUGAUGGCUACGUCCCUGUAUCUGUUUUUGUGAAUGGGCAAGUAGAUACCAAGAGUGUUUUCAAAGUGGAAUCUGUCUCUGGUACAAGCCGAUUCAAUUACCUUCCGAUUAUAUUACCAAUUGGAAUUAUAACGGUUCUCUUUAUCGUAGGAACAACAGUUGUUCUGACAUACAUUAAAAUCAAAAAGUAUCGACAAUUGAAAGCUGUAAUGAAAUUUAUAAAUUCAGACUAA